AUGCUGAAGCGGUUUGAUGUGACCACGGCCUCUUUCACCCCUGCUGCCACCGAUGCCGACCUAGGGCCGAAGAGAGAUGACGAGCCUGCGGUGGAUAAACCUCCUGUGAGGGAGGCGAUCGGAUGCCUGAUGUGGACGAAGCUGACGAGGCCAGACAUCGCCCUGCCUCUGAACAAGCUCCAGAAGAUCGCCCACUCACCCACCGGGAGGAUAUGGAACGCGCUUGUGCGGAUCAUGUCCUACCUGAACUUCACGAAGGACUUCGGCAUCACCUGCGUACGGGGGUCAGGUCUAGACCGAAGCGUGUUUGUCGAUGCCAGCUACGCUAACGACGAAGUAGACAGGCGUUCUACGACCGGGCUAGCUGUGACCGUAGGUGGUACCGUAGUGUGUGCAUCCACCAAGACGCAGCCAGUGACGGCUCAGUCUACCUCGGAAGCAGAGUAUAUGGAAGCCGGGGAGGGCGUGAAGGAGGCGUUGUUUGUGCGUGGCGUCCUGUCGUUCAUAGCGCCCGAGACGAGUGGGGCGAAGAUCAAGGUCCUUGAGGACAACAAGGGGGCUCUCGCCUUAAUCGAGAACCCGUUCAGCUCAGCGAGGAGCAAGCACAUCGACGCGCGUUUCCAUGUCAUUCGCGAGCUAUCCAAGUCGGGCAAGAUCACUGCAGAGUAUGCUCCGACUGGAGAGCAGCACGUCGACAUCCUGACCAAGGUCCUUGGCAGAGAGAAGUUAGAGUACCACCGGAAGGAUCUGAUGAACCUACCGAUGUAG